GUUUCUGGACAUGACGGCCAACACGAGCGCUCGCGCGCGCUUGGAGCAUCCCGGCUGUGCAGCGCCACACCCCCGUGCACGGCUACCGCAUCAGCGGCGUCGGUGGUGGUGCGAUCAUGUGAUGCCUGCAUUUCCGACACAACAAUACAACACCGGAUCGGUCUGCAGCCGCGCUCCCGCUCUCCCCCUCCUCGCCUCGCUGUCGGUAUGGCGGACGGAGAGAGGUCCCCGUUACUGUCAGAUUUAGGAGACGGUGCUCUCGGCAGCGGUAACGGCGGGAUUUCUCCUAACACCGCGUUUGUACCCAACAAACCAGAGAGUUUCCCUCCUUUCCCCAGCCCCACUCAACCCUCAGUGCUUCUCGGGGAGGAUCCUCCGCCCUACUCCCCGCUCACCUCUCCAGAGAGCGGGAGUGCUCCCGUCAUCAGCUGCAGGGUGUGUCAAAGUCUCAUCUCUGUGGAGGGAAAGGUCCACCAGCACGUGGUGAAGUGUGGAGUUUGCAAUGAAGCCACGCCCAUUAAGAACGCCCCAGCAGGGAAGAAGUACGUCCGCUGCCCCUGCAACUGCCUGCUCAUCUGCAAAGUCACGUCUCAGAGGAUUGCCUGUCCCCGACCAUACUGUAAGAGGAUAAUUAAUCUGGGUCCGGUUCAUCCUGGUCCUGCCAGUCCUGACCCACAGCCUGCUGGAGCCCGAGUCUCAUGUGGACACUGCAGCAACACCUUCCUGUGGACCGAGUUCACAGAUCGGACACUGGCCCGAUGCCCGCACUGCAGGAAAGUCUCCUCGAUUGGACAGAGGUAUCCCCGGAGGCGGAGCUUGUGGUGUUUUCUACUCUGCUUGCUGUUCAGCGUUUCCACCGCGGGGCUGAUGGCUGGAACGUGGGUGAAGGCUCAGACCUACCAGGGGAUCUACGCCUCGUGGGCCGUCAUGCUGCUCCUGGUUCUCGUCACUCUGGUCCGGGCCUUCUACUGGGCGUGCAUGAGAGUCAGCCAGCCGCUCCAGAGCUUCACAUAAAUCCCCUUCGUCGUCAUCAUCAUCAUCAUCAUCAUCAAGCUCAUCUUUCCAAUUUGCCUGGCAGGAGAAAAGAUGGCUUAAAAAAAACAAACCAAAAACAAUAUUUAUUGAGACCCUGCUGCAGACAGAAGCCCCCCCCCCCCUUUUACUCGUACGUGUUUCUAGAACUGAACGUUGGUGAAUGCGACUCCUAUAUAUCUUCUGGUAAUUAUGAUGACGCGUAUAGCCUAUUGUACUGUUGAUCUACUCUAAUCUCGUGGCUUCAUUUGAACUUCAGUUUGGAGGCCUGCACCGCUAGCUUCAGUCUUUCAUCCCCGCUUCAGGGACCAACAGCUUCAGUUAACUUUUAAAUGUGAAUCUGGUCCCUGGUUUUGUUUCAGGGGCCUCUUCCUCUCCAGCCCGGAUUUUUUUUCUUUCUGUCUUAAACAAGAAACUUGAAAGUCAUACGGAGCUAACAAAUCGAUGACGGUAAAAAAUGAGUGGCUUGAGGGACAUCAGGCUGCUUGAGUAAAUCAAAAGAUCAAACAGGUGUUGAGAUGAGGAAAAAAAGUGAAAUUCCAGAGUGUGAAGGCAGCCUGUGAUGUCUCUAAACUCCGUGUUUGUGCUGAAUUAUCCCCUGGGACAGUUUUGAUCCAAAGCAGCUUGAAAGCCUUAAAAAGAAGGUGUGAUUCUGCACACGCACAUGCCGACAACACCAAUGCAAACCUAACAAAAGUGCGACGUGUCUUCUCCUCCUGCCGCUCUGUCAGACGGUCCAGCCUCCCUCUUCAAAGACGGCUCUGAAAGCAGAUUUUCUCUACACUAUUUUAGCCUCAAAACUUAAUUUGUUAUUUUAAAUGAGGAGAUGUUCCCGUUAAACCCUUUUCAGAGAGACUCAUGCACAGCAGAGUACAUUUGUCUAAUUACUGCCUGUUAUUCAAGCUAACUUUCAUCUUUUUGCCCACAUUUCAUGCUCGGGAAACCAUCGACUGUACAUGAGAACUGGAAUGAGUGGCCCCUCCUCCCAGCAUUCCAAACAGGAAGUACCAGCUGGUUCCAAGAAGCCAAAUCCCCAUAGAAAAAUAAACAGCUAUAACUCAGUCAUUCUAUU